AUGGCAGUUCUGGAGACAUAUAAUGGGUAUCCGCUGUGGAGGUAUAUCCCUUCAUUACCAGCAGCAGUUGUUUUCGCCGCCCUCUUUACCAUUUUGACGGUCGCCCAUGGAUGGAAGAUGAUACGUCAUUCCAUGUGGUUUCUAUAUCCCCUUUCUCUCGAGGUCGUUGGUUAUGUAGGCCGAGCCGUGGCUCACAACGCGACUGGAGAGUUAAUCCCAUACGUUCUCCAGUCGACUUUCCUGCUCUUGGCACCGAUUUUGUUUGCCGCCUCUCUUUAUAUGACAUUGAGCAGAGUAAUCCGGGCAGUUGAUGGCGCUCAUUGCUCCAUCAUUGUUCCCCGGUGGCUAACGGUCAUCUUUGUCGUGGGCGAUUGCAUCAGCUUUGUCGUCCAGGCCUCCGGCGCGGGAUUAAGAAUCAUGGCUGGGCAGGCGAAACGCAAUAUCAAUCCUCACCUGGGUUCUUGGAUCAUCGCGGGGGGCUUGGUCUUCCAGAUUAUUGUAUUUGGAAUCUUCAUCUUCACCGGCUUGCGCUUCCACUUGUUGUUUAAAAGGGAUCCUGCGGCAAUACGUGCCGAGAGCAUCCCUUGGCAAGGCAUUAUGUAUAUGUUAUUCAUGACUUCGGCUGCCGUUAUGAUGCGAAACAUCUUUCGUAUGGUUGAGUACGCGAUGGGCCCUGACGGAUAUCUUUUCACCGUUGAAUGGGGCGUCUAUGCCUUUGACGCAUCGCUCAUGACAAUAACGAUGACCCUUUUCUGGCUGUGGUACCCUUCUCAACUAAAGUCUGCCAUUGAUAAAGGCAGUUUAGAGAUAGGUGGGAGCCAGCCCAGGCAGGCGUGA